AUGGCUGAAGAACCGCGACGCUCAGGUCGCGCGACCAAAGGCCAUCACUCCAAGGAUCGCGAUAUCACCGAUGGUCUCCCUGCGAAGAAAAAAGGCAAAGGAAAGGCCUCCAAAGCCAAGGCGGCAGAACAAGACGAGAGCGACGAGAUCAUUCGCUGUGUCUGUGGCACCUACGAAGAAGAGGAAGAUGUUCCCCGAGCCAUGAUAUGUUGCGACAACUGCUCCGCGUGGCAACAUAACGGCUGUAUGGGUCUUCCGGAGGAUUAUGAACCUGCACAAUACUUUUGCGAACAAUGUCGUCCCGAGGACCAUGCGGAAUUGGUCGCAGCUAUCGCACGGGGGGAGAGGCCGUGGGAAGAGGGGGCCCAAUCGCGAGACACGGGAAAAGGGAAGAAGAAAGGUGGCCGGAAGGGUCGAAAAUCGGCUACUGGUCGCACGAGCGAGGCCGUGUCUCGCGUCGCUUCUCAGGAUGUCGACGAAACCCCGGCGGCACAGACUCCGGCCACUGGCCAGAAGCGUAAACACGAGGAGUCCCCUUCUGUCCCCGAAGUAAAGAACAAGAAGGCACGAGGGACGCCCGCUGCUGAUACCAAUGGCACCAUAGCAGUCAAGGCCGAGACCCCAUCCAGGCCGGUGUCCAGAUCAGAACCUGUCUCGGCGGUGGCGGUGGAGGUGAAGGAACUUACAAAUACUACAAGGAAGCAUGCUGCGUCUACGUUGAUCAAACUCAUAGAACAGCAAAUCAAAGAAGCCGUAAAGCAAGGCGACUACAGUAUUCCCACCGGCACAUCCGCGACAGAAGUUGCCAACCAGAUUGGCCUACGCAUGGAGCAUGCUCUGUAUCACGUCCAGGUCGGUGGGAGCGCUGACCCCAACGAAGCCUACAAGGGUCAAUUACGGGCGAUAACCUUUAACGUGAAGAAGAACCGCACGUUAGGUGUGCGGCUGCUGAAUGGAGAUCUCCUUCCUCACACCCUGGCGUCGAUGGACCCGAAGGACAUGGCAAGUGAUGAACAGAAGCAAAAGGAUGCAGCUGUUAUGAAAGAGAUGGAGAAACAACACACCAUCGUGGAAGAGCCGGGGCCGAGAAUAAGGCGCACACACAAGGGCGAGGAAUACGUGGACGAAUCGAGGCAGGUUGCAGCAGAGUCUGCGACUUCGAAUGCUCCUGUACGCAAACCUAGUGUUGCCGAACCAGACGGAGAUGUAAAGAGCCCUGGCCUGAGAAGUCCCUCCGUCACGCCCGCCGCUCCCGGAAAAGGCUCCAGACCGAGACCAUCUGUGGAUACCACCCGGCGACAAUCGUCGGCCAACUUCGACAUUGACAAAGUCUGGUCGAACGUCCAAGGUUCUCCCGACGGCGAGAAUCAGCGGUUCGGUGAACUACCUCAAACGACCUCGCCGACCGUCGCUGUCCGAGAACCCAUCGCUCCAGGCACCAAAGCUGACGCAGAUAUCGAUGAGCUGCUCAAGGACGAGGAGGCCGAGUCACCGCCUUAUUCACCCAAGGAAUCUGCUGAGGCUGACAGUAUCAUCUGGCGAGGAAUUGUCAACGGCGGUAACCUAGGCCGAUUCCAGGCGGUAGCAAGAUAUGCAGCGGGGGCUACUCCCGAUGCCGAUACGUUACGCUUGACCUACGACCAGAUCAUCCCGCCUGAAAUCGACAUAGGAGGUCGAAUCCAGCCUGCUCGAGCGGACGAAUACCUUUGUGGUCUUGAAUACAGCAAUACGUCCGAUCUGGUCAUUGUGUGUAUGCCAGAGCCCGCAAGCUUGCGUGAUCAGGAGCAAUUUGACAAGUUCUUCCGGUAUUUCAAGAACAAGGACCGCUUCGGGGUUGGGAUCCAACAUACGAAUCCGGCAAUCAAAGACAUCUACUUGAUCCCGCUGGAUAAGGGUCAGGAGAUGCCUACUUUCGUCAAGAAACUCGAAACCGAUUUUCCGGAUCCCGCUCAGGAGAGAAUGCUUCUAGUCCCGAUUGUGAUCAAGAACAGCGAGUUACCACACAAUGCACCUGCGACGUUGAUUGAUGGAACACCUGCUACGGCUGCCAGUCCCACGGUCGGAGGUGGACUCAUCGCUCAAACUCCCAUCACGCCUCAUGAAGGCAACUUCCCUUACGAUCAAUCUCCGAUGCCAAGUCAGCAAGGAGCGAAUGGAAUAUCUCAGGCUCAACAUGGCCUCGGUGUGACAGCAGCCUUUCCAUCGGCCACUCCUCCAUCGUCACUCCCACAGCCCCACCGGCAACCUUCCCAACAACCACUUCAGCCAUCACCCCCGCUCAACGCCGCCAUGGCUACGGCUCAGAAAGUACUUGGUCCCCAGUUAGCCUCGUCCCCUUCGGUCGUGCAGUUAUGCACCCAAGUACACACCGUCGGAGAACACCAGUUUGCUGUGAUCAAGAGGUGUCUGGAGCAGAAUCCCGAGGCACAGGCCAGCUUGGGCGUCUUGACGGGGAUGUUGCAGCGAGUUGAUGCCGAGUCACGCGGCAGCGGCGGAGGUGACGGAGGUGGUACAGCUGGUGCAUAG